GUCAAUAGCUGAGGAUUUCCAUCAACAUUCAUCCCUAGGCACUGCGCGCUCCGCCUAGGCUGAAUCCUUUCCUCCCCCCGCCACCGGAUUCCUCUGUCUGAUUCACUCGCGCAAACAAUGCACUCGACGCUCAACCGCGCGCAAGCCGUCUUCGGCUUCUUCACGACCGUCGCGCUCGUCGUCGCCGGGCUGGCCGCGCUCUCCGUGCUGUUCUACCCGACAGACGGGGUGACGUCGCAAGUGAAGGUGCGGGAUGUGAAGGUCACAAAAGGCCGUCCGCAUUACUACUCCACGCGGAAAGAAGAAUACGCGCAGAUGCGCUUUGAUCUGGAUGCUGACCUCACCCCCCUCUUCAACUGGAACACCAAACAACUCUUCGUCUACGUCUACGCCUCCUACCCCUCCGACUCCCCCUCCUCCUCCUCCACCUCCACAAACUCCUCAUCCAACUCCGCCUCCAUCAUCUGGGACACGAUCAUCCCUGCCCCAGAAUCGGCAUACUCGUUCGACGCCCUGCGCGAGCGGUUCUUCCCGUCGAAGCCGCAGUCCAAGUCAUCCGGGCGGAAAUCGUCCGCGAAGAAGACACCCCCCAAAGUGAAGGCGAAGGCGACCGCUAAGUCCGCCCCCGGGAUCCUCCGGCUGCGCGAUCAGAAGCCCAAGUACCAGAUCGGAGAUGUCUCGGGCAGGAUGGCGGAGCGUAGCAAUGUUACGCUUUCUGUGGGCUGGAAUGUUCAGCCUUGGGUUGGGGCGCUUUGGUGGGCGCCGGGUUCUGGGAGUUUGCCCCGGACGCACGGUGGGGUUGGUUCUACGGGCUCGUUUGCGUUGCCUGCUUUGAAGGGGAAACAGCAGCAGGCGCAGGCGCAGCAGGGGAGGAAGGGUGCUUCUGCUGUUUAGUUUAGUUUUAGGUUGGGUUUGAUGGGUUAUGGUUAUGGUAGGGUUAACUCUGUUCAUUAAAAUAUAACGAU